CUGGGCUGUGUUUGUCAGUCAGUGAUACCUACCUUCCUUGAUGUUGCAUGACCGUGUGACCGUGUGGCGUGGCAUGGUCCAGCUGCAUCGCAUCAAGCCAUACAUAUCUCCUGGUACAUGGUGGCACACGUGCAUUCUCGAGGAUGGGACAUCCAAACAUAUACACAGACACUUACAGACAGACAGACAGACCUAAGCACGCAUCAAUCAGUGCACGCCACGCCCUCCUCGCUAUACACAGACAGACAGACACAUCCACACAGCCAUACAUACACACCACCCCCUACAUCAGUGACUCAGCGACCCCCCAUUACCCCCUGCACCAGCCUCCUCUCCGCCCAUCCGCACCACACACCCCACGAACCGCCCCAAGACAACACCUGGCCCUUGGCGACAAACGGGCUGAGUGUGGGAGACGACGAGGCCGCGAUAUAGUAAAUGCCGCUCGCCAGCACUAAGAAAGCGGGCACCAGACGACCAGCCAGGAGCCAGCCAACGACAGUGUAGUUCUCAGCUUGAUCGUCGCCGUCUUGUUCCUGCUGGGCCGCCUCGCACGUCGACCCCUCACGCGUAGAUGGGUCGCCCCCGUGCUGGCUCUUGAGCUCUCCUGCAGCGCUGUCUUGCUCUGAUGCCAAUGUCGGCUUGCGGCUUCGUAGCUGGGUGCCGGGUGGGUCAGCCGAUGGCAUGACAGACUGCUCAGUGCCAUCCGUGUGAUGGUCGCCAGAGGGUGGGUGUGUCGCUUCUGAUAGAGUGACGUGGCGAUGGACAACGGUCGCGACGGCGAGGAAGGGCAGCGCCAUGCCGGCGAAGUACACCAGCAGCAGAGAGACAGCAGCGUGGGUCGAGAGAGGCGGCGGGACCAUCAUGGAGUGGUGUGUGGGGAAGGUGUCUUGUAUGAGGGCCAUGAAUGGCCCGAUGCACGGCGUCCACGUGAGGCUGGUGGCCAGGCCGCCCAGCACCGCACCAGCCGCAGUAUCGACAACCACCUGCACACACAGCAGACAGAAAGGAGGGAGGAAAAGAAUUGAGGCGUACCGUACCCGACAAGUGUGCAUGGUGUUGGUUCUCGUCGGCUGGUAUACCGUGUCGAAUUGCAUGGAUGAGAGGACGAACAAGUCACUCAAGUCCUGGCGGCCCGUCCUGCGGGCGACGUAUGCAGCAGUGCCGUAGAGACCAGGGAGGGAGAGGAGGGUCGCCCACACCAAAUACAGCACACCAGCAACCUACAAGCAGACACAACACGAGCAGGCUCGUGAUCACUGACUGGUACAUUCUCCCAUCCGAUGCUUCUCACCUUCAGCCGUAUUUCCGAUUGCAGCGCGAGCGUCUCAUCCACAAUGUUCGCCUGGAUAGGCUCGGUCGUCAGCUUCGCCCCCACAUAAGCCAUGCCCAUAGACGCAAACAACAGACUGACGCCAAGCACCUCCGGCCAGCAGUACCGAGCCCACCACACCUCCACACGCCGGCUGCAUCUCGCAAUGCGCACCAUGCCGGCAACUGCGGCCAUGGAUGGCACGAUGAGGGAGCCGCUGCACGUCGAUACGCUACCGAAUAGCCCCGCUGCGAAUGCGCCGGCGACCGACACCAACACGUGGAUGAGCCAGUGAACACCAUAGAACAGCCCGUCUCCCCGCCGCCCAGUGUCUCGCCGCUCAAAGGGCGGCGAAGCGAGGGGGGAUGAGACAGAGUCAGGCUGGCGCCGGCCGUCGAGCAGCAGGGAGGUCAUCCAGUGGCUGGAUGGGGUCAUGAGGGGCGAGAUGCUGCUCGUUGUUUCCAGGACGCUUUCGUAGGUCUGAAUGAGGUCGUUCUCGAGAACCAGCUGGGCGGACUUGGCGAGAUAGUACCCAUCAUCCUGACAGGCGAAGGACAUGCAAGGGUCAUCGAUGUGUCUCAUACCUCCCUGCCCUCUCACCAGAUAUGUCUUUGAUUCCUGGAAGAGCCCCAGUGUCAUCAGUCCCGCCUCCAGACACUCCGCCCACAUCGGCACACCGCCCUCCUCACCUCCCAGCCAGCCGCCCAUGUGGUAAAGAGCCAACCUUACACACGAGUAGGCAGCCAUGCCGUUGUCCUCGAUCGUCUUGUGCAGCGAGAUGGCGUCGCCAGGCGACGCGAAAAGGGAUAUGUCCGCAUCAUGGGGGUUGCGGUCGAUGAAGCCGCCGAAGAGAGGGUCGUAGUUGCGAGACAGGAGGACAUGCGCCAGGCGAUCGAUAAGGGAGAGGAGGGAUGGCUUCUCGCGCUGGAAACGGGUGCAGAUGUGGAGGUCGGCAGGGGGAUGGUCACCACAGACGCUUUCGAGUGCUUCCAGGGUCUGGAUUGCCCCGAGGAGGACAGCAGAGGUGUCUGCCAGGUUGCCGCGGGUGCCUCCCGCCCGGCCGCCGGCAUAGAAGUGAUAGACGCCGCGAUCGGUCAUCAGGUCGCCAUCGAUAAAGGCCAGAGUGUCGAGAGCCUUCUCGCACCCCACCUGCCGCAACUCCAUGUCCGCCGAGUGCCGGCAGAGCCAGGCCAUCGUGAUGACGGCCUCCCCAUUGCCAUCUGCGUAUUUCGUCGGGUCGACUCUCGGUGCCGGCAGGGCCUCUGAUGGCCGUUCCGUGUGUGCGUAAUAUGCGUCCUCGCCGUUGACGUCCAUGCUGCCGAAGAAGCCGCCCGCCGUGCUGUCCCACCACCGUUCGGUGAUGAAGGCCAUCGUGCGUGUGACGACGUCAUCGAGGGUCGAUCUGACGGCGUCUAUAGCGUCUCGAGGCGAUGUGGCAUUGAGAAUGGGGGGAAUGGACGAGGUGGGAAGGCCGUCCUUGAUGGGCGCGAGAACCUGGAAAAGCAAGCGCCUUUUGUCUUGUCGUCAGCGAGUAAUGUUGGUUGAUGGUGCAUUAAGCUUACAUGUUGCAAGUGGGCGAAUGUUCGCAGCAUUUUGACGUUGUCGACGAGCAUCUUCUCAUAAUGCGGCGGGGUCCACUGACGCGUGGUGCCGUACCGAUGGAAUCCGCCCUCUACCGGGUCCCAGAGGCUGCCACACGACAAACGUGACAACAGCAAUAUCACGUCCACCACCCAUCCAUGGCUGCGCUGCCCCUGCCUGCCUUCCGUCCCUGGUUACUUGUACUUGCCCUGUGUCAUUUGCUCCAUUGUGGUGUACAUGCCCAUGAGCGUCCCCACAGCUACAUCCGCCCACCUCCCCCCGACCCUUUCAAACAUGUCCACACUGUAGUCCACCGACAGGGCAUGGGGGAACUUGGCUCCAUUGCCGAAGCCGCCCCACUGCCCGUCGAAUAAAGGGGGGAUGGACGACGUAUACCGUUCGUGGAAGGCCUGCAGGGCCGCAUGUGUCGGCAGGGAGAGGGGGCGCGCUGCGGCGGCUGUGAGGGCUUGCUCCAGCUGCUCGAGUGAUGGUCUCUUGUCGCCUGGAUGGCCGUCGACGUACCGCUGCCUCCAGUUACCAGCCGUCGUGACAUCAUUUGCCGCCUGUCCCUCGUGCCGCAUCCUCUCAAAAACGUCGAUCGCCUUGAGGAGAAUCCCUCGUAUCUGCUCGGGCGGCCUCGGCCCGCUCCAGCCAUACACUCGCCUCGGCACACCACCCCCUCCCUCAUCCGAGCGUGGCGGCAGCAGAAUCACCGACGAAGGCCAGCCGCCCUCGAGCCAUUGCUUGGUGAGGUCAGCACGCUUGUCGGCGUCCACAUAGACGAGAUGGAAGUGCUGUGCGAGGGUGUCAGCGACCAUUGGGUGGAAGAGGUAGUCUUCGCUCUCGUACACUUCGCACCAGUAGCACCACGCCGGCGCCGUGAGGAGCAGGAAGAUGGGCCGGGGCGAGGCAGCGGCCGCGGCAAACGUGGACGCCCUGCAACCACACGCAGACAACACGCAACAUGCAUCGUUGCCAUGUGACGGGUUCGGCCGUGUGUGUGAUGUGUUGUAAUGGACCUGUAGUCCAUCCAGGGCAUGCGGCCUUUGAGGGCCUCUGCCUUGCUGUAUGUGUACUUGAACUCUUCAUGGUCGGUCUCGCGCGGGAUAGGCGCCUUCACAGCCGCAGCACCCAGCCCCGAUGAAUCAGAAAUGAAAAUCAACGACGAGAACAGAAGAUGCCCCACAAGCAGGCUCCGAAUCACCCCUCCGGCCAUCC